AUGGAUGUCGCUUCGCCAUGGCGUUUUCCCGCGCUUCCAUUUCCAAAGCUAGCGCCGGGAAGUGCCAUGACGAACCAUCCGUCACUGCGCAUGAACACCGGGCUGCCAGGAGUAGCAGGAGUUGCAGCUGUGGUGUCUUUAAGGUCUUGCGGCAAGCGAAAACCUAUAGCGAUGCGAGGUGUUCAGUACAGUGAUCGUCUCUCAAUGGGUGGGCGGCCAGCUUCUUUGUGGUCUCCUGGCAGUGGUGGAGAAGAACUGUCCUCGUAUCGUUAUACCUUCAGCACUCGCAAAUUGGCUCUCAGCACGUUGGGCUUUCCACUGGGCUCUAAGUUGGAGAUCGAACUCCCACGCGAAUUGCUCAAUAUGGAGGUGCCUGUGGUGCAGUCUCGUGCUGUGGUCUUGGUCCACGGUCUGCUCUGCUCCCGUUUGGACAUGGCACACUUUGCGGAGGAGUUGGUGCUGCGGGGAUUCACCGUUUUGGCGCCAGAAAUGGACGAUUCCGUCAGUCACGAGGAUGGCGUGGUGCCGGGUGGCUUUGUGGGUUCGCUGUUGGCACGAGAAGAGGCGGAAGAACGACGGCUCCAAGUCCUACAGGACUGUGUGGAUUGGUUACGGCAACACGGUGCCAAAGAUGUUGGUUUGGUGGGCCAUUCGCGCGGUGGCGUCACCAUCUCCCAGUUGGAAGGGGACUUUUGCCGAGUGAACAUCGCUGGAUUUCAACCACCUCCAGUCGAUCCUGAAGAUACAUUCAGAAAAGGAGCGGAAGGACCCAUGCUGAUCAUUUGUGGUGCCGAAGACGAGAUUUGUACUCGCCCUCCAUUGUCGAUGGACUAUGUGCAAGACACGGUGCGCAGACUCCGACCAGGGGCAGAGAGCUUCUACCCCGCUGGCGUGACUCAUUUCAACCUGCUGAAUCCGCAGGUGGUGGAAUCGUGGCAAAGCUUGCUCGGCGCAGUAGGUGCUUGGGCUCCUGCUCCUGAGCCUGCAGCUGCCAAUUUGAUUUCGCAGAAAGUGGCGGAUUUCCUCGAUUCGAAGAUGAACAAAGGAUGA